UAAUUCUCAUUGGCUGCUCUUCUUGAUCCCUACGCGUCCAAAAACCAACAUUUCCCAAAGCGAAAACUCUCGCAAGCUAGACUUUGAAUUUUCACUAAAUUCGAAGCCGAUAAUGACACCCAUUUGAUCAUUGUCUUCGUCCCAUAUAGGCAGAUCGGUCUUUCACUCGGGGUUCCCCUGUUUUCUUUUGGUUUUUGUAUGAUCAUUCGGAGAAAGCCAUGUCGAAUUUGCAGAGUAGUUUCAAUCAGAAGAUCGACUACGUGUUCAAGGUGGUGUUGAUCGGAGACUCGGCGGUGGGUAAGUCUCAGCUCUUGGCGCGCUUUGCUCGGAAUGAGUUCAGUUUGGAGUCGAAAGCAACCAUUGGGGUUGAGUUUCAGACCAAGACGCUUCUCAUCGACCACAAAACCAUCAAGGCCCAGAUUUGGGAUACUGCUGGCCAAGAAAGAUACAGGGCCGUGACAAGUGCAUACUAUAGGGGUUCAGUGGGGGCAAUGCUGGUCUAUGACAUUACGAAGCCUCAGUCAUUUGAUCAUGUAACGAGGUGGUUAGAGGAACUGAGGGGACAUGCUGACAGCAAUAUUGUCGUCAUGCUUGUUGGUAACAAAUCUGACCUGGGGACGCUGCGAGCUGUACCAUCUGAGGAUGCAAAAGAUUUUGCCCAGAGGGAGAACCUCUUCUUUAUGGAGGCAUCAGCUCUUGAAGCUACUAAUGUUGAAUCUGCAUUUGUCACAGUCCUAACAGAAAUUUAUCGAGUAGUUGGCAAGAAGUCCCUCAUUGCCAAUGAUGAAACAGAGUCUGGAGGGAAUUCCUCACUUCUCAAGGGAACUACACUUAUUGUCCCCACACAAGAUCCUCUGCCUGAAGCAAAAUCUGGCUGUUGCUUCUCUUCAUAGGCUUUUUGGCCUUUAACCUACUGUAACGUGGGUUUCUGCUGAUUACGGAUCAAGGGACAUUUGUAAUACAGCUCAGGCUAGACAAGUAAAUCAGCUUUCCCCUCUUGUAAAAAGCUCUUGGUAGUUGAUCAGCAUAGAAAUCUCGGGGUCAAACAUACUUUGAUGUGAUAAAAUUGACAUGUACUUGACUGUAGUUUUUUUCAUACCUUGUCUACCUGUAGUUAAUUUCUCAGACAUUUUCACGAUUAUAGCAGCAAUUUGUAGCUGGAAUAGUAGAGAUUUCUUUCAACUACAGUUAAGUACACACUGAUCUAAAAACAUGAAACCAGACCAAAAGAAAAGGGCCUUGUGAGAAAAUCAGCUUGAGUUUCGUGGUGGAAGAAUUUUUUAUUGUGUUUGGUUAUGUUUUUGGAUGAACUUCUUUUGAUGUAAUUGAUUACAACAUUCUAUGUUGGUGUGUUAUCAGCUAGUUGUGAUUCUUAUUUAAGAGGUCUUAA